UCUCUCUUUCUUUCUCUCUCUUUCUAUCUCUCUCUCUCUCUCUCUUUCUUUCUUUCUUUCUUUCUUUCUUUCUCUCUUUCUUUCUCUCUUUCUUUCUCUCUUUCUUUCUCUCCAUCAUGGAGGCUGUAGCCGUGUUUUCUUUCCGAGCAAAAGAACGAGACGAGCUCAGCUUCCAGAAAGGAGAGAUACUGAAGGUGACGGAGAUGGAUGAGGAUCCUAAUUGGAUGAUGGCAGAACUCCACGGGAGGCGAGGCUACGUCCCUGAGAACUACAUUAGUCUGUUACCACACCCGUGGUUUGCGGGACGUGUGUCCAGGAAGCAGGCUGAGCAGCGGUUGCGUUGGGAGGAGAGAGGAGUGUUCCUGGUUAGAGAGUCAGAGAGUUCACCAGGAGAGUUCUCUGUUUCUGUCAGCUAUGGCGACAUGGUCGAGCACUUCCUGGUUCUCGAGGGGUUGGGUCAGUACUGUGUGUGGGAGGAGACUUUCUCGUCUCUCAACCGAUUGGUCGACUUCUACAGAUCACACAGCAUCGCCCAGGAGAGACCUGUCUACCUUACCGACCCUCCUGACACACCUCUACACACACACACACCUGCACACCCUCUCACACACACUGCCAUGCAUCUACCGGACCCUAACCCAAACCCCUACACACCCCUAACCCUAACACACACACACACCCCUAACCCGAAAUGUAUCUCCCCCUAG